AUGUUAUUCUUAUUCAUUUUUCUUUUCUCAAUUCAUCUACUACAAUCUUGUCCAUUAACUGAUGAAUACUUAUCUCGUUGUCAUUGUGGCAUAUUAACAAAUGGUGAAUCGUACAUAAAAUGUGAAGAGAAUUCACUUAAUCACAUACCAAAAUUUAAGCGUUCAUAUUCAUACGAUGAACUCAUAUUAAUAAAUAAUAAUAUAAAAAAUUUAUCAUCAACAUCAUUUGAUAAUAUCAAAACAAUAAAACGCAUCAAUUUAUAUGGAAAUAGUUUAUCGUUGAUCGAUGCCAAUCUAUUUCGUUUAUUAGGAAACUAUUUAGAAGAAUUGAUUUUAACUGGUAAUAAUCAAAUAAAUUCAUUAGAAUUUUUAACACGUUAUCCAUUGAAAAAAUUACGUUUACUUAAACUUAAUCGUUUUAAUUUAACAAAUAUAGAUUUAGAAAAAAGCUUUCUAAAUAUGACAAAUCUCGAAGUAGUUUAUUUAAAUUCAUGUCAAUUAAAACAAACUCCACAUAUAAAUCAUAUUAAGUAUUUAGAUUUAGAAAAUAACUUUUUAUCAAAUACAAUAUUUCUUUCAACAUCCUAUUAUCAACUUAAUCUUGCCAAUAAUCACAUAUCAUCAAUAAUAUUGCAAAAUAAUAAAAAUUUAAUAUCAUUAAAUCUUUCAAAAAAUAAUUUAAAUGAAUUUUAUUCACUAACAAUAUCGAAUAAAAAUUUAACAACAUUAGAUUUAAGCUGUAACCAUUUAACAUUUAUUGAUUGGGCAAUAUUAAAUGAUAAAUUAUUGUAUCUUAAUCUUAGUUCAAAUUAUUUUUCAACAAUUAAAUUUAAUUCAUUUCCAAAAUCUCUAACAUUACUCGAUUUAAGUUCAAAUCAAUUGAAAACUCUUGAAAAAAAUCAUUUUUUCCAACAAUUAAAUUAUCUCAAUCUUAAUUUAAAUCCAUUCGAUUGCGAUUGCCAUUUAAAAUGGUUAAGAAAUCUAAUGAAAAAAUUGAAUACAACGACAUGGUCAUGUUCAUCAUCGGAUUUUAAAUGCCAAUCAAAUUUCAUGCCACAAAUCAGUAUUUUUAAUAUAACUUUUAUGAAAUAUUUCUCUCAACACGGUUUUUCUAUACAAUGGUCCAUCAUUGAUGAUUAUCAAACAAUUGAUUAUUUACAAAUAACAAUCGAUAAACCAUAUCGAAUGUCACGAAAAAUUUCCUCAAAUCAAACACAUGCUGUUAUUUUAAAUCAUAUAGAAUUAUAUCAAUAUUAUCAUAUAUGUUUAAUAUUAAUACAUAAAUAUGCAAAUGAUAAAUAUUGUCAAGAUAUAUUUACGAAAAAUCCAAUAUUAAAUAAAAUGAAACUUCAAGAAAGUGAUCUCAUUUUAAAUGAUAAUAAUAAUAAUGAAAUUGAAAUCAAUACAAAUGAUUUUAAUGAUAAUCAUUUAUAUUUAUUAUUAAUUGGUUCAUGUAUUGGUGCUUUAUUAACAUUUAUAUUACUUUUAACAUGUUGUUAUUUAUGUUAUCGAUUAUAUAAAUAUAAAAAUAUCAAUGAACAACCGAUUUAUGAACAAUGUUCACAACAUAUUCAUUAUCCAAUUUACCAUUCACACCCAACAUGUUCACAUCAUCAAAUAAUAUAUAAUUCGGAAAAUAUAUCAAAUUCAACGGAUAGUAGUCAUAUUGACACAUCACUGUCAUCGACAACAAAUAAUCCAAAACAUAUUUAUCAAACCAUUGAUAGUCAAGAAUAUCGAUCAUUGAAAAGACAACAUCAACAACUAUUUGAAUUAUGGAAGGAAUCUGUUAAACAGAAUAGAUAA